AUGAAUUUUACUUACAAACAGCAACCUUCGCCAUCAGCACCAUCAUCAUCAUCGGCAACAAGAGUUGUGAUGACAGUGAAAGAAAAAUUUGAAAAACACAAAACCGAAACAAAUGCUCUCCUUCAACAAGCCAUUAAAAAGACCAAUGAAUGUGAUUUUAAUAAUUUGAAGGAAAUUAUAGUGAUGGGAGAAAUGUUAUUUAAAAAGGUGGAGCAGAUGGAUGUAUUUGAUCUUUCUGAAUAUCCAGAGUUGAGACAAGAAAGAAAGGAUUUGAUAAAGAAGUUACAAGAAGUAAUUUCUCAAUUUGAUAGAUAUCCAAAAAGUGUAGAAAAUUUCAAGAAUAAUUUGAAUGAAUUUCAUACAAGUUGCAAAUCAUUUAUUGAUUUGAUGGAAUUGACAGAGAAUUUUGAUAUUCCAUUCCUGAAGAAAUAUGAAUUAUUUAAUACUUUGGCUUCAGUUGAUCACAGACUUGUGUCACAACAAAUUCAUGGAUACAGACAACCUUUGACAUUAUUUAAACCAAUCUCAAAGGAUAUGAAAGUUGAUCACGAUAACAUCAUUAAUCUCAUUGGAAAAUUGUUUAGUCUAGCAGUUCACGUUGCCACCGUCUACGAACCAAUGAAGAGAGAAUUGCCAACAAUCAUUCAACAUAAUCAAGAUGCUCAAAAGUUUAUCUCUCAAAUUGAACAAUUAAUCAAUUCUGGUAGUCACAAAUUUUCAAUUAUUGGCAGUUCUACAUAUUCAAACAAUGAAACCUUCUCACAAACAUGUCAAUCACUUAUUAACUCAUUGGAAAUUUCUCAUCAAUUAUUGAGCAAGUACCGUGAUACAAGAUCCACAAGAGAUAUUCAUUCUAGGCACGUUGAUAAUACUUCCAAGAAUCUUAAAAAAUUAGAAUUCUUUAAUGCCAUCUUUAGUAUUAGCCCAAUUUUUUCAAAUGUAUGCAAAGAUUUGAAGAAUCCAUCCAUUGAAACCCUUUCCAAUGCUAUCGAUCAGUUAAAUAAUUGCAAGCCAUCCAUUGAAAAACUGACUAAACUUGAACAAGUCAAAUCCCAACUAGGUGAACCAUUUGAUAUUGAAAUUACCAAAGCCAUUUCCUUCCAUCAAUACGUCAGUAACCAAAUUAUUACAAUACUUUCCAAAUUGAAAGAUUUAGAAACUAACACUGAUCCAAAUAUUUGGUAA